AUGCACGAAGUGGAGGUUGGUGGAGCGAGAAGCGUCACUCGCACCCGCUCAUUUCCUAAAGCGGUUGUUUGUACAAAGCGAGGCGGAGUCUGGGAAAUUUGGAGAGACUUUACGUUGGUGACUUGGUUGGCAGCAGGUGUUCAUAUGGGCGUUUCUUUUGUAGGACAUUCGCACGCUCGCCGUCGAUCUUUUUCCCGUCUUCUACCUCUCUUCUUGCCAUGUUCGACCCCCAGAGAGAAAACGAAGACAACGAGUCCGAUCAGAGCUCAGUGCAAACAGGACAAUCUGAUGGUCAUGAGCUUCAACGUCGUCCUCAGGCAUCAUGUCGCUCAACCCGUCCACCGUGUUCAACGACGCCUUCAACAGCGUCAUAUUCAGAUGAUCGCUAUUGCUGGGACCAUUGGAACAGGCCUGUUCCUUGGCUCGGGACAAGCGUUGGGCACGGCCGGUCCUUUGGGAGCAUUGAUAGCGUACAUCCUCGUUGGCAGCGUCGCGUAUGCGUCGCUCUGCUCCCUCUGUGAGAUGACAACAUGGGCUCCAAUCUCAGGAACUUUCCCCCAUUUCGCUGAACGAUGGGUAGAUCCUGCGCUUGGAUUCGCUGUUGGUUGGAACUUUUUCUACACCAGCGCUAUUUCUACGGCUGUUGAAAUCACUGCAGCCGUUAUCCUGGUGACCUUUUGGGAUAAAAAUACCAAUCACGCGGCCAUCUACACGGCUGUGUUUUUCGUCCUGAUCUGUGUCAUAAACCUCUUUGGCGUAAGAUGGUUUGGAGAAAUAUGGCCUUCUGCUGUUCUUGAUCUCGAAUUCCGUUUUGAAACACCUUGUCUUUCUGAAGUUUUUCUGAUUAUUGGAUUCCUGGUUGCUGGGCUUGUUAUUGAUCUUGGAGGAGGACCCCAAGGGGAUCGCAUCGGAUUCAGGUUCUGGACGCACCCUGGAGCACUUGCUGGUGCAGGGCUUGUUCAUAAUAUUCAUAUUGAUAGAUUCCUUGGAGUUCUAUCUGUCCUUGUUCAGGCUGCUUUUUCCUUCCAGGGAAUGGAGCUAUUUGCAAUUGCAGCCUCAGAGACCCAGAGUCCCCGCCGUAACAUCCCUAAGGCAAUGCGCCGAGUUUUUUAUCGCAUUCUGUUCUUCUAUAUAUUCGGUAUCAUUAUGGUAGGAAUGCUGGUUGCAUAUGAUAAUCCUGCCUUGGUUCAAAAUACUGGGACUGCAGCUCAAUCCCCAUUUGUAAUUGCCAUGAAUCAUGCAGGAAUUAAAGGCCUUCCCCACAUUAUCAAUGGUGCCAUUUUAAUAAGUGCCUUCUCAGCUGGAAACAGUUUCUUAUUUUGUGCAUCUCGUAUCCUCUAUGGUCUUGCCGUUCGCGGGCAGGCACCUCAAUUUUUGGCAUCCUGUACUGACCAUGGACUCCCUCGGAAUGCUGUUCUUGUUGCUAGCACACUUGGAUUGCUUUCCUUCAUCAAUGUAAAAUCAGGAGCUGAGACCGUCUUCAACUGGCUUGUCCACCUUUUGACCACAGCAGGAUUCUGUAGUUCAUUUACUACAAACUUGACCUACAUCCUCUUCUAUCAAGGGAUUCAAGUGCAAGGAAGGGAUCUCAACGAAAAUGCAUACAGGAAUAGAUUACAACCUUUUCUGGCAUACUGGGGUUGUGCAUGGACUCUGUUUUUUAUUCUUAUCAAUGGAUUUACUGUUUUCUUUGGCAAAUUCAAUAUUUCUGUAUUCAUCGCCGCUUAUGUCAACAUUCUGAUUUUCCUUGGCUUGUACUUAGGGUACAAGUGUGUAAAAAGAACCAAGGUCUGGACGCCAUUGGAAAGGGAUUUUGUUAGCGACAUACCCGACCGGGAGGAAACUGAGGUUCCAGAAGUUCCGCCUGCUAAUAUUUGGAUAUCCAUUGCUAGAUAUAUUUUUUAG